AAUCAUCUCGUCACCAAAAGCAGAGGACUCUGUUUUUUCUACUUCUUUUUGUUCCGAUCUAAAGCUCUAAGCAAAACAUCAAUCAUGUCUUUGUCUUUUCGGUACUGGAUCAACCCCAACUACCCAUCCGUUUCUACAGAAGACCCAACUCCCGAUUGCUCGGUCUCGUCGAAAUCGAGGUCGAAAGCGUCGAGGAUUCGCAACUGCUUGAAGAAGGUGAGGCAGCUCGUUUCGACCCGUUCGAGCUUCGUCGCGUCUCUGUUCGGACGCGGGAAAGAAACGAAAUUCGUAACUCCCGCCGUUUCGACGGGAGAAACGCAGGGUUUCACCUUUGAUUUUGUUCCAGCUGCUGAGACCUAUGACUACGACGUCGUAGGAUUAGAUUCGUCCUCCGAUUCCAGCUCGGCCGCCGACGAGGAUUCCACGACUCUGUCACUGCCGUUGGCGAGUCUUUUCUUCUUUGAAGACGUAAACUCGGCACCAGCCGUGGAGACUCCCGCGAAGAAGAUGAAGGCCGUCGAACAGGAAGAUUGCAAAACGGAGCGGCGAGUCUGGGAGAAUGCCAGCGUGGAGGAGGAAACUGAGUUCUUUGAGUACUACAUUAAUAAAGUUUACAAGGAGCCAGAAGCUAUAAUGGCGGGGUUCCCAGAUGGUCGUCUUGCUGAAUGGAAUCGGCUUCUUGCUGGCGCGAAGAAGAUUGGAGAAAUACAAACGAGGAGAAGGGAUUGCAGAUAUGGGUGGACGACGGACACAUUCUUUCUGUUUUAGUUUACAUGUUCGUGAAUGAGAAACUGUGUUGUAUUUGGUAUGGAUUAUAGUGUUUCAGUCUUGGAAGUUGCCAAGCAGAUUGGUUACGAAAGCAUGCACCUUUUUUUUUUUUUUUUUUUUAAUUUGGUAUCUUUUAGCUAAGAAUCGCAAUGAAGGUAGAUAGUGAAG